AUGUUCCUCUCAACUCUUACUAUUCUUUGCCUGUUCUGCACAUGGACCAGUGCUGCUUCCAUCUCCUCUGGGACUUGCGUUGUUCCUGAGAGCCAACAAUCAUUGGUAACAGGCCUUGAGAAGCAAUUGGUGGACUAUGCCAACCUGCUAUGUUUCCCUGAGCCCAGUGUCCUGAUUGCUUUGAACCUGGCAGAAAACCAGGACAUCACUGCAAGAAAGUUACUCCUUCAGCAGCUCAAGGACACAGCUGCAAAAGAGAUGACAUCUGGUAAAGUAGCCCUUUAUGCCCUGGCUCUCCGAUCAUCCUGUGAAAACCCUGCUGAUGUCACCACACCAGAAAAGAUAGUUAACUUGGUUCAUGUCCUUGAGGAGAAAACAAAGGAAGAGAUUGACUACUAUUAUAGCCAUGAUGCCCUCAAGACAACCUACUACCAGCUGGCACUGGAUUGUCUGGCCCUGUGUGUAGAAAACAGCCCGGAUGUCGAAAUGGCAGCUAUCAUCCUUGCCAAGGCAGGACUGUCUAAUGGCUUCCAGAGUUCAGGCCAUUUCUCUGUCGAUACUGCAGCCGUAGCAAGUUUGGCACUGGCCUGUGUGUAUGAUGGAAUGAUCGCAACUCAGCAGAACAAGCUUGUGGGAACCAUUCAGGAUGCCUUGGCCCACCUCACAAAGCAAAUCCUUGGUGAACAGAAGAGCAGUGGCAUCAUUGGUAACAUCUAUAGCACUGGCCUAGCAAUGCAGGCCCUCAGUGUUACUUCUGAGUUCUAUCCCAGUGGAGCAUGGAGCUGUAGUAAGACGCUAGACAAAAUGUUGGACGAGGUCUACCUGGGAGCCUUUAAUACCCCUGGAGCUGCUUCUCAGAUCCUACCUUCUCUGGUGGGCAAAACAUACUUGGAUGUAAAGGGCUUUGUUUGCUCCCCAGCAGAUGUUCCCACCAUUUCGGUUCAGUACACCAUUAGCAAUGACAGAGUAGGAACCUACUUCACAUUUUCCAUAACGGUGGAGGUGCCAAAGGGCUCCGUACUACUUGCUGUCUUGGAAGCGGCUCAAAGUGCAGAACCAAGUAAAUUCAGCUUUCAAACUGAGCAGACUUCCUGGGGUCCCAUGGUUGUCUCUAUCAAUGGUGUCGAAGCCAACAACAAUGAGAAGACCUACUGGGAGUUCUUCAGUGGCAAAACACCUCUUGAUCAAGGUGUUGGCAGCUACAAGCCUACGGAUAAUGAGCACAUUCUGGCCAUAUUCAACACAUACUGAUAAACCAGUUCUCUAGAGGACAAAGGACAAAUGUUCAAAGAUGUAUCUACAAAAUAUACCAAAGUAUAUCUCCACUGUGU